UGCCACAACCUGCACUGCUUGGACACGGUGCUGCCUUCUCAUAGCGAUGCCUCCCCUGGUCCCACCACCACCGUGCCCUGGUGGGUAGCAGGAUGCUUGCGUUGACCCGAGCAUCCAUCCACCAGCCUCGGAUGCUCUGCGGGUGACCGGUGCCAUGUACCGGCGUCUCACCUCCUCGCUGCUUGGCCGCAGGGUCCAUCACCCCCAGUUCACCCCAGUUUGCCUCCGGUUGGGCUCGGGGGGCUGCAGUAGGUGGGAAGAGGAGAAGAAAGAAGAUGGGGUAAAAUGGACCCAGCUGGAGCACCGAGGACCCUACUUUGUCCCCCUCUAUGAGCCACUGCCUGAGGAUGUGCAGUUUUAUUAUGAUGGCAAACCCCUGAAGCUGAGCCUGGCCACGGAGGAAAUUGCCACGUUCUAUGCUAAGAUGCUUGAUCAUGAAUAUACAACUAAGGAGACCUUCCAGAACAACUUCUUCAAUGACUGGAGGAAGGUACCUUCCCUGUGAGGGCUUCCUUGCUGCCCAUCCUCUGCAUUAAACACUGAGCAUUAAACUUGUCAUCAACAGGCAGAUCCUCGGAUACAGUGUGAGAUGGAGGGGAUGAGUUUUGUGGCUUAUAAUUGAGAUGACCUUAGCGGAGCAGAAGAUAAUCAAGGACCUGGACAAGUGUGACUUCAGUGAGAUCCACAAGUACUUUGUGGACAAAAGUGAGGCACGGAAAGCACUCCCCAAAGAGGAGAAGCAGAAACUGAAGGAAGAAGCGGAUAAGAUCCAGGAGGAAUACGGGUACUGCAUCCUCGAUGGGCACCGGGAGAAGAUAGGCAACUUCAAAACUGAGCCUCCAGGGCUCUUCCGUGGCCGUGGUGACCACCCCAAGAUGGGCAUGUUGAAGAAGAGGAUCAUGCCAGAAGAUGUUGUCAUCAACUGCAGCAAGGACUCCAAGAUCCCUGAGCCACCAGAAGGGCACAAGUGGAAGGAGGUGCGCUUCGACAACACCGUUACCUGGCUGGCCUCAUGGACGGAGAACAUCCAGCACACUUUGAAGUACAUCAUGCUGAACCCCAGCUCCAAGCUGAAGGGGGAGAAGGACUGGCAGAAGUACGAGGUAGCUCGACGCUUGAAGGAUGUUGUCCAGAACAUCCGUGCUCAGUACCAGAUCGAUUGGAAGUCCAAGGAGAUGAAGAAGCGGCAAAGAGCAGUGGCCCUUUACUUCAUUGAUAAGCUGGCCCUGCGAGCCGGCAAUGAGAAGGAGGAAGGUGAGACUGCGGACACAGUUGGCUGCUGCUCGCUGCGUGUGGAGCACAUCAGGCUGCACCCCGAGCUGGAUGGGCAGGAGAAUGUGGUGGAGUUUGAUUUCCUUGGGAAAGACUCCAUCCGUUACUACAACAAAGUGUCCGUGGAGAAGCCGGUGUUCAAGAACCUGAAGCUGUUUAUGAAGAACAAGAACCCAGCAGAUGACCUCUUUGACAGGCUCAAUACAACCAUCUUGAACAGACACCUCCAGAGUCUGAUGGAUGGUUUGACUGCCAAAGUGUUCAGGACCUACAAUGCCUCCAUCACCCUGCAGGAGCAGCUCAAGGCCCUCACUAACUCUGAAGACAACGUCGCAGCAAAGCUCCUCGCCUACAACCGAGCUAACCGAGCGGUGGCCGUCCUGUGCAACCAUCAGAGGUCUACACCAAAAACCCAUGAGAAAUCAAUGCAAAUCCUCCAGACAAAGAUCGAUGCCAAGAAACAACAAGUGGAGGAAGCCCAAGAAGAGCUGAAAAAAGCUGAAGAUGAGUUCAAAGACACAAAAGAUGCCAAAGCAGAAGUCAACGUGGAGAAGAAGAAGAAGAAGUUGAAGCGGCUGGAAGAGCAGCUCUCCAAGUUGAAUGUCCAGGCCACGGAUAAAGAGGAGAACAAGCAGAUAGCUCUGGGCACGUCCAAGCUGAAUUACCUGGACCCCAGGAUUAGCAUAGCUUGGUGUAAGAAGUUUGGUGUGCCCAUUGAGAAGAUCUACAACAAGACACAGAGGGAAAAGUUUGCCUGGGCGAUCGACAUGGCCAAUGAGGACUUUGAAUUCUGAGACAAUGCUUUUCCUGUUCCCUCGUGCUCCUUUGGUGCUAUUCAAAAGCUCUUUUCGUGUGUUCUGCACAGUCAUUGGCAGGCAAUGGGGCUGGGGGUUUGCCUAAUGAAAGAGUUUGAUAUGGGUAUUUUGUGCCUUUCUUUGGAUACAAAAGCAAACACCAGGUCUCUGGUUGAACCGGGUAUUGCUGCAUUGUGACACUCAUCCUGCCUGCAGUGACUUUGAUGUGAACUUUUAAUCCCUCUUCAGAGUUGCCAAGUGCUUUGGAUCUUUUCUUUUCCCUCCUCCAGACUAUGGGAAGAAGAUUGAAUGAGAGCCUUAAUUGUGCUGAUGAACAAGAUUAGAUCUAAUCCUAUCUCCUUGA